CUCUUAUUUUCGGACCAAUGAGUACAUUUUUGACACACAAGAAGCCCAAAAACAUAGUCCAAAUUACAGGCCCAAAUGUAUUCUCUCCUAUAAUACAAAACCGUUACUAAUUCAGUAAUUCCCGCCCUCAAAACAAUCCCUAUAUAAACCCUUCAACUUUCCCCGAUUAUCUCUCCUUCUAUUGCUGCUAAUUACUGCUUCACUCUAUCUCUCUUUCUCAUCAAAUUCCAGAAAUUCUUCCAAAUAUCUUCGAUUCAACUUCGAAUUAGAUGGAGCUGAAGAUCAACAAAGCUUGUGAUCUCAAUUCCAUCUCUGUUCUUCCUCCACAUUCCAGGAGAUCGAGUAUGAUGCAGCAACCGAGGUCGCAGCCGUCGCAACAAUCGUUCUCGCAAGGUUUUUCGUCGCAACAGAACGGAAUUUUCUCACAAAUCUCUCAGAACUCUGUCGACGAGGUUCUUACGGACAAUCAGAGAUUCAGCUCACAAGAGAAAGAUCAUUCUGUAAGAAGACUUUCUUGUCUCGCCCCCACAGCAUACCCUCGGGAAGAAAGCCAGAUGCCACUCUCCAGAAAUUCCUCUAGUUUGACACGUAGAUGGAACUCUACUACUGUACCAGAACAUAAAUGUCAGCUAAGUGAUGAACUUGAACACAAAAUCUCUAUGAUGGAUACAUCUCUGAACAGAUUAGGGAUGAUCUUAGAUUCUGUUCAGGCUGAUAUUAUGCAAGUGAACAAGGGAACAAAAGAGCUAUCCCUUGAAGUGGAAGGCAUACGCCAAAAAUCAAUCGCUCAUCAUGAUUCCCUGCAUCUGCUGAAUCGCACACAAGAAGAGAUCAAAACUAGCCUGGAAUCAAUCAGCAAUCAACUGCUUACUAUUAUGCAGAAGGACAAGAACCAAGAGAUUAUGUUGGCAGUUUCAAAUCUGCGGGAGCAUAUUGACUUAAAUUAUCAGAAACAGAAUGAUGAACUGUCUAAAUGCUUAUCUAGAGACCUGCAGGAAAUCAUGUUCAGCCUUAAGACCUUACAUCAAAAGAAUGCGCCCUUUUCCAUUCUUCCACCAAAGAUGUCUGGUGUUAAUUCUUCAUCACAGAAGCCGAUUAUAACAAGGGAAGCUGAGCCCCUUAAAGUAUUUAAACCGUCACAUCUUGCUCCAAAGAUAGAAAUGGGAAGGUGGACCGCUGUCAAACCAGAGCAAACUGCUCACUCAAAUCGAUAUGGGAAUUCUUACAAUAAUCCGAAACAAAGAUCUUCCAUGGAUAGGGAACAGAAAAUUAUUAUUGACUUAGACGAUGAGACUGAUGGUGAUUUUUCUUGCUUGAUAGUUGAAAAGGAAUCAGAUAGACAUUUUAUGGUGGACUUGGAGGAAGACACUACACGAAUCCUUAGAGAAGCCAGAAGAAGAAAGAGAAAGCGGGAUGGUAAAAAAUUAUUUGCAACUCGCAGAAAGUGAAGAGCAUCAGAUGCCUCCUGAUCCUUUCCUAUAUUCAGCUCCUCAUUGGCCCACUCUCUUGUCCUUCUCAUUCUUGGUGUUUCACUACGUUACACUGACAGUGUACCCAUGUACAUGCUUAAAGAUCUGUAAAAACAAUUGGAAACUUGAAGCUCCGUGAUGAGAUUAUCCCAAAGAAUCCGAGACCAUUUUAUACACUUAUAUGAAGUAUAUAGUUGCACAGUACAGGAGAAGAAUCAACUCAGGCUUCAAUUUUGGUGUUUAAGGAACAUACAUACUACGAUAUCCGCUGUAAUCUAAGUAAUCUUUUCAUAUAUAGCUGAUUCUACGUAUUCUUUAGACUCCUCGCCCUUGUUAAUUACAAGGGUUUGAAAUCACUCGUGAUAUCUUUCUUUUGUUCCUUAUCUUAAUGGAUGCAACAUUGUAAGAAAAUCAACAAUGUUUUAUUAAUCCGUAAUAAUAUUAAAUCUUGAUUAAUCUUAGAGUCUUAAAUCUUAAUGCAGUUUUUGGAGAGUCAAACACAGGUCUUACCUAGUAACGAUGUAUAACAGUAGCUCUUACUCAGGCUAACGCCUCGGAUAUCUCAUCCGAUUUGAUUUUCCCAUCCCCUAUCUCUUCUUCUGCCCUUCUUUUUUUUUGCUUUACUCUUCCUUUGAAAAGAGUCUUUUUCUAAAGGGGCGAAUCAUGCAUGAUGUGAAAGUGUGUGGUAAAAACAACUAAGAGCAUGUUUGGUAUGGGCUUUUUAUGGGGUUAGUAACGGAAUCGGGUUACCGUUUCCGUUAGAAGAUGUUUGGUUAAAGAGUUAAGUAAUAGAAACCGUUUCCUUCCUCUAACCCAUUCCAUUACUUUGUUUCCACUGUAAAACUUGGGGAAACAAAUCCCGUUUCUUUCCUCUAUCUAUUCUCUCUCUUCUCAUACAACAGAUCUCCCCACAAUCCUCAACUUUGAUCGAUCGAAGCCACAAAUUCGCUGAAGAAUUCUAAAUUUCGUACUUCAAAUUUCCAGAAAUCAACAAACUCAAGACUCAUAAGAAAGCUAAGGGGUUGUAUGGAGUUCCAUUCGUUCAUUAUGAAACUCUAGCAGAAAUAUAUGCAAAAGACAAAGCUACCGGAGAUGUAAGUGAGUCAUUCGUUGAUGCCAUAGAAGGUAUU